CCCUUCUCUCUCGCCUCCCGCCUCACGACAUGCCCGCCAACCCACCCACGCUCGUAUCCAUCCAUCCAUCCAUCGAUCCAUCCAUUCAGUCGAUUCAGUCGAUUCAGUCGCUGACAGACAUCAUCUCUACAUCCAUCCACACGGCAGGCAGGCAGCGAGCGAGACAGAGAAAGUCGGCUACCCCGCAAUCCAGCAACCAACCAAGCAAGCAAACCUACACAUCGCUAGCCGCUGCCUCUGACCCUCCCCCACCACCGCCGCCGCCCCCACCCCCAGAACUAUCGUUGCUGCCGUCCUUGGUGCCUGACGGCCUCUUCCCCUUCUUGCCCUUCCCUCGACGCUUCUCGCUCUUCCGCCGCCGCCCGUCCACGACAGCAGAUCGUCGAGAUGACGGCAAUGCUGUCCCCACCACUCCCUCCCGCCUCUGCACCCACGUCACAGGCCGCCUACGCCGUUUCGUCAUGUCCAUCACAGAAGAGUCGUUCAGUGGGUCAGCAGACGUGACGACCAGCCGCCCCCUGGCGCCGCUCAGCACGCGCCUCCACCUCUCGCGUCGGCCGACGAGGCGGCCCAUAGAGACGAUAACCAGGUCGGUGUCCAUGCCGGCGUGCUCCACCAGGUCCACCUCAUCCAGUGCGAUCCGCCUGGCCUUGACUGGCUCACCCACACGCAGGGACGGGGUCCGCCUGUGCUGAUGCUGCGGCUGUUCUUCACGGGGGUGCGCAUGUGUGGGGCGGGAGAUGUCCUGCUGCGGGAGCCCCUCCUGGCCGUCCUCCUGGAGCACGAUGUCCACGGCCGUGACUGGGCGGCGGUCGUGGAACCGCACCGGGCCCGUCACCCUCUCAUGCGCCCGCUGCUCCUCUUGCUCACGAGCCUUUUUCUCCUUGACCUUCUUGCGCAGCACCUGCAGGGCGCUGGCCAGCUUCCCCUUGUGCGUCACGCCCUCGUCCCUCUCCUCGGUAACCGGUGCCGGCCGCCGCUUGACAAGCUUGGGCGGAGUGAUGGGGAAAAACUCCUCAGGGGGACGCACGGGGGGGACGGGGGGCGGUGGAGGGGCUGGUGCUGGUGUGGGUGUGGGAGUCGGCACCUCCACUUCCGCCUCUUCUUCUGGCGGCGCUCCCCUUUCGGCGAGUCGUUUGGUCCUGAGCGCUCGUGCGGUGUCGUGCAGAGUCUGCAUGGUGGUGGGGAGAGCCUGGGCGGUGAGGUAGGACGUCACCCACGACGGCAGGUUGACCCGCGGGUCGUCGAAGUGGUACAUGACGUAGUCCAUCCCGGGCUGGUCGAUCGAGCCCGACUUGUGGCGUGUGAACAGCACCAGGUGCGACUUGAAGGUGCGGAUGCGGACGACCCCUCCGAUCUCCGGACAGUCCUCGCGAGUCACCGCUUGUGAGACCGACACCAGGGCGUCAUCGCCGUCCUGGCAGUGGUAGCGACGGAAGCGGCGCGCAUAGACGAAGUCGCGGUCUUGCAGUGGCCAGGGGAGCUUGAACCGCCAGUAGAUGGUCUCCUCCACAUCCAGAUCCACAUCGACGUCCACCUCCUCCUCCUCAUCGGCAGUGUCGCAUGUAAGGCUCUGGACCACCCGGACAGUGUCGAUGUUGUCGUCCCACGACCGGCGGAAGUCGAGGUCGCCCGUGGUGAUGUUGUAGUCGACCACCGAGAUGUCGUCGAAGGAACCCACAGCCAUGUACUCGUACAGCUUGACGCCCCCAUUCUCCCCGCUGCUGCCCACCCGCCGCCGCCAGAGGGUGCAGAUCCUGGCCUCGUGCACCUUCUCCCACCCCUCCUUCUCGAAUGCGAUGCCCCCGUCGCGCACUGAACGGGCCCUGUCGAGGCACUCCUGCAAAGACUCGUCGCUGAUGGACGGCUCAGGGAUGGGGGCAGGAGGGGGCGGCCCCUCCUCGUCUGGCGGCUCUGGCUCUGGCUCCUCCUCCGGCUCGAUGGCUUCUUGAUGCUUAGGAGGCGGCUCUGGCUCGGCGGCCGUGUCCGUCGAGUCUUCAGCUGGCUCUUCAUCAGAAUCCGCAUCGUCGUCAUCUUCAUGCCCCUCAUCACUAUCGCCGCCCAAGAGCCCGAAAGCCAUCCCCAAGACCUCGUCGCCAUCGUCAGGCUCCUUCCUCACCGGCACCCCCCGGCCACUUGUCUUCGUCUGCCGUAGGAGCGAAGCGUUGGCCUGCCUGUCCAUGAGGUCCCAGAGGUCGCCGCUGAGCGGCUCCUCCCCCCUGGCGAGCUCCGCGUUGAUGAGGGACGCGUUGACGGGCAGCAGGUGGGGGAGAGUGAGGUUGCCGGGGGGUUGAUGCCCGUCGCGACAUAGGUCGGGUGGCAGGAGGCCCUCGAGGCCGUCGUCCGCACAGGGAGGGGGCUGUGACGUGUUGGUCGGCGGGAGUAGUGUGGAUGCCGCUGCUGUGUCCAUCCACGGCAGCAGGACAGCAGGGAGUGGCAGCAGAAGGGCCACACGCAUGGGACAUUGGCAGGCAGGCACACAACACCUGAAAGAUCAACCAAGGGCAGAAGGAGGAGCACAACACAAUGAUCGAUGAGGGCCAGAAAGCAAUGUGUGUUGCCCCGGCCGGCUGUGCCGUGCAGUGCCUGCUGCUCACCGCCGCUGCAGCUUCGUUCAGCAAACUAUCAUCACCCGUUCGCUCUCUUGAACAAAUCACCGCAGUUCUGACAAAAUCUCGUUCAAGCACACUCUCUGCUGCAUAGAAUGAAAGGAGUUCAGCGACUUGGGGAGG